CAGUUUCCGGUGCGCCAUUUUAAGCUGUCUGGCGCAAGUUCCACUGGGAAGAUGGUGGGUGAAACUGGUUGAGUUUUUGCGGUUUGCCAAAUAUGAGUUUCAUGUCAAUAACCGAAACACGUCGCGGCUGUUGAUUGUGCUAAAAGCUCGGCGGUGUGUUGAGGCGCUGUGCGCGAGGAGGAGAUGUCUGCCGAAGUCCUCAGACCCGGGCCGGUGGCCGGUGGAGGCAGUAAGCUAGGUGAGCUGAUCGGGAAGCUCCAUGAGUACUUGGCAGCAGCCACGGAAGACAAGACUGAACCUACUUUACCCGGACACUGGAAUGGAACCACGGCCAAAGAAUACUUGGAGCAGCAGGCUCACGCCCAGUCCAGUGGCCCCUCAGAAGUGGGAAUGUUGUCGUCAUCUCGUUCGAGAAGGAAACCGGCUGUUGUCACCAAACACAGCGGGAUGAACGAGUCAGACACUUCGUCUGAGAGUGGAGCAGAAGAUGGAAUGUCUGACCACUCCAGCGACCCAGACACCAACUUCCUACCCAAAGGAACUGUAUUUGUGCUGCCGGAGCCGGUGGGUAAUGAAGCUCGUGAUGAUUUCCGUGGUCCAGAAUUCCGCAGCAGACGCGUUUACAAGCAGCACAGGGACGGUGGUGACAGACGCAGAGGAGGAUAUGAGAUGGAGAGGGUAAACUGCACAGCGUGUGGUCAGCAGGUGAAUCAUUUCCAGCGUGACUCAGUCUACAGGCACCCUAUGCUCAAAGUCCUCAUCUGCAAGAGUUGUUUUAAGUAUUAUAUGAGUGAUGACAUCAGCAAAGAUUCAGAGGGGAUGGACGAGCAAUGCAGGUGGUGUGCAGAGGGAGGCAGUCUGAUUGGCUGUGAUUACUGCAGUAAUGCCUUCUGUAAGAAGUGUGUUCUGCGUAACCAGGGGAGGAAGGAGCUGUCCACCAUCCUGGAGGAAGAGAGGAAGUGGUACUGUUAUGUGUGCAGUCCCGAGCCAUUGGUGGAGCUGGUUUUGGCCUGUGAUUCAGUUCUAGAGAACCUAGAGCAGGCUCAGAAACGAGCCUCCCGUACUGAGCCAAACUCAGUCCGGGGUAGGUCUAAUAAGGGUGGUCGUGGUGUGGCCUAUCUGAUGGGGGCAGGAGGCGGGCCGGUGCCCUCUGCAGGCCUUUACCAGCGAAUGCAGCGGUUUGUAGAUGUUACCACAUCUCUGAGCCAUUCCUUCAAGGCAGUCGUUCAAACUGAAAGAGAGGAGCAAGGAAACCAAGAAGAGAGAAUUGGGCAGCUAAGGAUGUUCCGUGCUGUGCUGGAUGAUCUGCAAGCUGCCAACAGUACAUUACAGGAAUCCCUAGACCAUGAGCUGACUGGGUCCAAACGUGCCUGUGGAGUUGAAAGGCAUAAGCCAAAAGGGAAGGGCAGACAGAAAAAGGGAAUGUCAUCACAGAGCCCAGGACUCACUAAAAAGCUGGUGGUUAAACUCACUCCUGUACCGGUUAGCCCACAACCCAUCAGCAGUACGUGUCUUUCCAUUCAUCCAUCACCUGACAGACAAAAGAUAAAGAGUGGGGUGACAGAUGGAGCACUGGAAGAAAGGGGGACAGUGGUGGAGAUAGAAAAGGGGAUGGAAAUGGAGGGAAUGGCUGAGAGAGGAGAAGAUGUGGAAAAAUAUUGUGAUAACCAUGACGAGGAGGAGGAGGAGGAGGAAGAUGAUGAUGAGGAGGAGGAGGAGGAAGAGGACCAGACUGACCAAAAAAAUGUGUCUCUAUCAGAGGAGAAUAAACGUUCUCCACGUGUGAAAACCACACCACGUCGGCGGAGGACGAACCCGAGCACCACAGCUGAGCACGCUGGUUUAGCUGAGGAUGACUCUGAUUCUGACGAGGUGCCUGAAGUGUUGCUCCAGACCGCUGCUGCCAUGGCGAACAGCGAGGAAGAGGGUUUGGUAGGUAGCAGUUGGGACGGGGAUGAGGUAAACCAGCACGUCAGAAAGCAGUGUCUCUUCGGACUGGUAAAAACCACACCUCCGGACAGAGGCUCUCGUAAGCGGAAUCUCAAAGAGAGAUCUUCAUCAUCCUCAUCAUCCUCUUCUGCGUCUUCAACGAGGGGCUCCCAGGACCAGGGGUCAACAGUCAGAAUUACCAGGGGAAGAGCCCACAAAGUUUCCAGGAUGUCAGGACAGAGUGGGAGUUCGUCAAGUGAGGUGGGAGGACAGGAACUGGAGAGUGGGCAGAGCAGUGACUCUGACGAUCAGAGGAUCAAACCGCUGACAGAGGGCGUCACAUUGCUGGGCUCUGGAAAUUUCCAGCAGUCUUCCGGUGAUGAGAUGGACAUCCAGCCAGGUCCGUCUUUGUCUGUGGAGGACGAUGAUUUAGAAAAUAGAAUUGCGAAGCAGAUUCUGCUGGCUCAGAUCAGAGCUAAUCUCUCCUCUGCUUCUGAGCUGGAUGCCAGCUCAGAUGAGCAAUCAGAGAGCAUGAGAGAAGAGCAGAAGAAGAGCAAGACCAGAACAUCAGAGACAACAGAAGAGGAAGAUAACGAUUGCUCAGAUUGCAGUGGGUCACAGUCAGGGUCACGGCACCAGCACCGAUUGCUGCGACAUGGUCUUACCUUAUCAGAGACAGAAGCAAAAAGACAAAAGCAAGAGGUGAAGAAAAAGAGAGAAAGAGAAGUCCAAGAAUCAGAAUGUGUUAUUGUGAGUAGUGAUGAAACAAGCGUAUCGAGCGGCAUGUAUGAUGAACUCAGCCAUUCAGAGUGUGAGGAAAUGGGGUCCCAGUCGCCCACUCAUAAUGAGGAGUUUCAGAGUCCAUCGCGCACACCUGACAAGAGCACCACUGCUAAUAAUGAUGUCUCUCCAACCUCUGAGGAGCAUUUGAGGGGCACCCCUCGAGGGCGGAGGCAGAUCAGACGGCUUCUGGAGGUGGAUCAGCUGGCCCAGGAGACACAGAGCGCUCUGAAAGAAGAGGAGGAGCGCAGGAGGAGAUUAGCAGAGAGAGAAAAACGGAGAUUGGAAAUUGAGAGGAGAGAACGAGAAGAUGCAGACCCAGAGGUCAUCUUAGUGUCUGAGAAACCGGCUCAUAGCUUCACACCAUUGGUUCUUGAGCAAGAUGAUGUAACACAUAAGCCUGUGCUGCAAGUGCACAUGCACUUUCUGAGCAAACUCAAACCACACCAGCGAGAGGGUGUGCGGUUCAUGUGGGACUGCUGUUGUGAAUCCAUACAGAGUGUGAAGACGACUCCAGGUUCUGGCUGUAUUCUGGCCCACUGCAUGGGCCUGGGAAAGACCUUUCAGGUCAUUGUGUUCCUUCACUCAGUGCUGCUGUGUAAAGUGCUGCCACUGAACAGAGCUCUGGUGGUUUGUCCUCUCAACACAGUGCUGAACUGGAAGAGCGAGUUUGACCAGUGGCAUAGGGGCUUAAGACCCAACAUACUGAGGGUGGCAGAGCUGGCCAUGGUGAAGUCUGUGGCUGUUCGUGUUGAGCUGUUGAAUGACUGGUUUACGAAUGGUGGCGUAAUGAUCAUGGGUUAUGAGGUUUUUCGUACACUGACACACACAGAUAGUGCGAAAUACAGUGAACACAAAGAAGCCCUCCGCUCAAUGCUCCUGGAUCCAGGCCCUGAUCUGGUGGUAUGUGACGAGGGUCAUGUCCUUAGGAAUGCGGACUCCAGCAUCUCAAAAGCCAUGCGAGUUCUACGGACACGUAGGAGAAUCAUAUUGACGGGAACACCGCUUCAAAACAACCUUACUGAGUAUCACUGCAUGGUGAACUUCAUUAAGGAGAAUCUGCUGGGCUCUCUAAAGGAGUUCCGGAACCGUUUUAUUAAUCCAAUUCAGAACGGUCAGUGCGCAGACUCCACCCCUGCUGAUGUCAGACUCAUGAAGAAUAGAUCGCACAUCCUCCAUCAAUUAAUGUCAGGAUUCAUACAGAGGCGGGACUACUCAGUCUUGAUGGCCUGUUUGCCACCAAAGCACGAGUAUGUGCUGUCAGUCAGGAUGACGUCUCUGCAGUGUCAGUUAUACACACACUAUCUGCAGAACUACACAGGGAAAGGAGUAGGUGUGAACAAUUUGUUUCAGGACCUUCAUGUUCUGAGUUUGAUAUGGACCCAUCCCUGGUGUCUUAAACUUGCUCAGCUGAACAGGAAUAAGGGGAAAGAGGAAGAGCCUGCUCCUGUCUUCACAGGUCUGGGUGCAGGUUUGGUGAGCGAUUCUGUAGGGUAUGACUCUGAAGGGUAUGCUGUGUUUCUUAUCAGAUUUGAAUAUUUCCUGUACCACUAAUGUGCUUCAUGCUUUUGUAAAAUAUCAGACAUCAAAGCUAGAGUAACUCUGAAUUGAAGAACAAAAAGACAUUUGUCUUUGUAAACAAUGUAAAUUAAAAGCAUUAUAGAAUAUUUUGUUUUGGAAGCAAUUGGUAAAUGUGAGACUGAUACGUGCAGGGCCGGCGCGUGCAUAUAGGCGAACUAAGGCGGCAGCACAGUCAGGGCGGCAAAAAGGACAGAGAUUUUAGUUUAUCUUUUGGGCAUUCUUUGGAAUUAUUGCACUCAUAUCAACAAGUUAUCACCCCUUAGUUAUUCUAACUCUAAAUUAACUUAGCUUCAUAGUAAUGCCGCUCCCGCGCUGUGCCCCACCUGAGCGGCGUCAAUAUCACAUGCAAACCACCCUCAUGUACUUCCAUAAAUGUCAUCAAAAUUAAUAAAACUAUCCGGACAUGAAUGACCUUUGCUACUGGUGAUGUCUGAUGAGUUUUAAAGCCCGACACGCGCUUCUGAACGGUAAGAUUAUAGCCUACUGUGAGAGAAAAUGUGGGGGAGACACAGGUGGAUACAUCCAAAAAAACAAAACAAAACAUGGUUUUGGACCAAAACCGUAUUUUUUUUUUUAGCA